CAAAUGACUAGCAUGGAUCAGCAAGAAACCAUGUAAAACCAACUACUAUCACAAAGGUUACACAUAGUCUACUAUAUGUUCUCAAUAGUCCAAUGAUUGACCAUAAGCCAGUUCUAAACAAGUAAAUUACCUGUAAAAGUUUAUCUAACAUAUUCAGAACUGGAAAAGUACAUAAAACAGACCCUCAUAAACAACCAAAUGCAGUUAUCGGGUUUGAAACUGAAGCUCACUAUUCACUAUGAUGAUGUCAGGCAAAUGAAAGUGUGUACAGAAUGAAAAAAAAAAGAUUUUAUUACAUUUGUUUACAGUUGAUAUUGAAGUUCACUUGUCCCACGUUUGCUGAAUCUAUAACGUGAAUUUCCUUUGUUUUGAAGUCAUAGGUACUUCAAUCAAGUGGUGCAUUCAUUUACAUUGAUGAUUGAUAUUAAUCAUUUUAAUUAUGAGUGGGAUCGGAAAACUGAUAACAUCCUUAAUUGUGUCGGGUAGACUUUUAACUUAUGCUUCAGAUCAUGUGACUUUGGAGUGUAGUAUGAGGGAGGUUUGAUAAUGAUUAACACAUGAGAUAACAAUUUAAAUGAAAUUAGUGAUCAAAACAUUUUUUUCCACAAAAGACCAUUUUAGUUACGGAUUAAAAAAACAAGUAAUCAAAACUGUGAGAUACUUGCUAAUAUUUUCAAUCUAAGACUGAAGAUUGAGUGUUGCUAAAAAAAAAAAGAAACUGUAGUUCCUCUGGGUGGUUGGGUGAGUGAAGAGAGCACAUGAAAGCAGACCUUUAUUGUUUACAUAAACUCUGCUCUCUUUAGAACAGCAUCAGCCUUUUGGAUCAAAGACUGUGAGGACUAGAGAAUGAAUACCUUGUAUGUCCUAUCAAAGAACCGUUUGAUGUUUAUAUUAUUUAGUAAAGAUAGUGCGAGUUCUCCUGUUUUGAGUCUGUAGGGAGUCAACAGCUCUCCAUUUGGCUUAUUACUUUGUCAGAGGAAGACUUCUCACCAUGUCACACCUCAGGACAGGAAAAGAUCAUUUGCUGUUUAACAAUCUGAAAACAUGAACACCAUUUUGUUGCCUGUGCCCAUGUGCAAUAUCAGUUGUUUGUACUUGUAGAUGACCUUCAGGAGUUUCAGUAGAAGUUGUUGAUAUAGAUGCCUUUAUUGAACUUUUUGCCCUAAGGACUUGAAAAGGGAAGUAGUAAAAGAAAACAGACCAAUGGUAUUCCAGACGGUCUAAUUGGAGUUUGCUACGUGGAUAGUCCCUAAGAGGAGGAAUGUGUUGUUUAAAAUAAGUGUGUUUGCUUACACGGAUCUGAUAUCUGUUCACCUUUGACCUCUUUGAGGGCAUAAUUGCAGUAUGGCAAGUAUCCCUGAAAGAAUCAAUGACUGGGUGUAAACAUCACAUUUGAAUACCAAAGAUACCUGGAAUAUAACGAUCUUCAAUUGCAAAGCAGUAACCAUGGCAACCAAAUGUAAAGUCCAAUGGAAAGUAUCCAUGGAAACCACAAACUCUCUCUGGCUCUUGUCUUGGACCAUAUGGAUUUUUUUGGCUGCAGUUUUACAAGCAACCUUGGCGAAUGAAGAUGAUGUCACCGCACGCGUCAGUUUCUCUUACAAUGCAGAAGGGCGAUCAGUGAGGGAGUUCUCUGUGGAUGGUGUGUAUAACUAUUCAACUCUUCUGCUGAGCCCAGAUGAAAACAAGAUCUACGUGGGAGCCAGGGAGAACAUAUUCUCUCUAAGCCUGGACAACAUCAGUGUGACGUUUCUACAGAAAACACUCACAUGGAACACUCCAGAAAGGAAGAGGAAGGAGUGUAUAUUCAAGGGAAAGGACCCCCAGACUGACUGUUUCAACUACAUUAAGAUUUUACUGCAUUUGAACAGCACGCACCUGUAUGUGUGUGGAACGUAUGCCUUCAGCCCCAUCUGUGCUUACAUAAACAUUUUAAGUUUCUCUCUGGAAAGAGAUGAAAAGGCGGAACCCGUUACAGAGGACGGCCGUGGACGCUGUCCAUUUAAUCCCGAAUACAGAUCUACAGCUAUUACAGUGGAUGGGGAACUGUACACUGCUACUGUCAGUAACUUCCAGGGAAAUGAACCCACCAUAUAUAGGAGUCUAGGGUCUGGCACCCCUCUCAAAAUGGAGAACUCUCUCAACUGGCUCCAGGACCCAGCGUUUGUAGGUUCUGCUCAUAUUACUGGUCAAGACAGCGAGAGAAGUGAUGAUCAGAUCUAUUUUUUCUUCAGCGAGAUGGGGAAGGAGUUUGACUUCUUUGAUAACACCAUAGUGUCCAGGAUUGCACGUGUGUGUAAGGAGGAUCAAGGUGGAGAGAGAGUCCUGCAGAAGAAAUGGACCACAUUUCUGAAAGCUCAACUCUUGUGUUCGCUACCCGAUGAUGGUUUUCCUUUCAACAUCAUUCAGGAUGUAUAUGUGCUUCCAGCCCAACGCAAGAAAAACACACUCCUCUAUGCAGUGUUCACUUCUCAAUGGAGUAAAGGUCUAGCAGGCAGUUCAGCAGUGUGUGUGUUCAGCAUGGAUCAGGUAGAGCAAGCGUUUACUGGCCGUUACAAAGAGGUAAACAGAGAAACACAGCAGUGGUACACACACACUCACUCUGUACCCGAACCACGACCUGGAAUGUGUAUUACUAAUGCUUCAAGGCAGCUGGGAAUACACUCAUCCCUGGAUAUGCCAGAUAAGGUACUAAACUUUGUGAAAGACCACUUCCUGAUGGACAGUCCUGUCAAAAGUCAGCCUGUGCUCUUCACGCACUCUGUGCACUACACACAAAUUGCUGUACACCAUGUGCAAGGCCUCCACAGAGCUUACGAUGUGAUGUUCAUCGGCACAGAUGAUGGACGUUUGCAAAAGGCUGUGAAUGUAGCUGGUUCGAUGCACAUCAUUGAGGAGAUCCAACUGUUCCCAGAAAAACAACCUGUACAACAAAUAGAGCUGGAUUCAGCUAAGGGUUUGUUAUUUGUGUCGUCACACUCUGGCAUUGUGCAGCUGCCAGUAGCAAACUGCAGUUUCCAUAACAACUGUGGCGAGUGUGUUUUGGCCAGAGACCCAUACUGCGCUUGGACAGGAACACACUGUACUGACGUCACACGUUACACACCACAAAAGCAAUGGCAGCAAGAUAUCGAAGAGGCUGACACUUCAUCUAAAUGUAACAGCACAAUGUUCAGAGUGGACUCUGAAAGCUCAGUGUCACCACGUUCUAUGCCAAAUUCCCAAGCACCUGAUUGUGUGAUCAUCAUUGUCCCAGCUAACACCCUUCGCCUGCUGCCCUGCAAUCUUCGCUCCAAUCAUGCCCAGAGAAAAUGGUUAUACAAACCAGAUGUAGGUCACUUCCUGUUCCCCAGCCAGGAUGGUGGAUUGGUGGUCAGCGGCCGAGCAGGCAGCGAUGAGGUCUUCUCGUGUUGGUCAGAAGAACAUGGCUUCUGGCAACUCUUGGCCAAUUACUGUGUAAAGGCAGAGCCUUUAUCCGAGACCACAACCAAUAUUGGGCAGCUGGAUGAACCUCUUAUAAUCCAAAGCGUAUCAUCAGACAUCCAGUUUGGUGAAUCGGCACGCUCCGCCCAACAUCGCAUAAAGACGUAUGGCACAGAGCUGGCGGUAGUGUGUGUUUUGUUAGCCGUGUGUGUGCUUUCGUUCGGGCUGUCUGUAGUCUAUCGACACAGGGGCCGGAUGAAAGAGGUGCUAAGAGGGGGAGAACAAACUGGAGGAGCCCAAAAGAGCACAGCCGUGCCUGGGGAGAGUUUGCCCCUCAAUGCUGGUGCGCUUCCAACCUCCCCAUCCGACCACAAAAGCUACCAAACGUUGGAGGAAAGCUGUGGUUACAUAAUCGCUCCAUCAGAGACGAGCACACAGCACAACUCCAAGGAAGCACAGACACUCGCCCAAACACCACAAAAUGGGUUCAAAGAAAGUCAUGUGGAGGUCAGUGACAUUAGCCCUCGUCCACGGGUACGGCUGGGCUCUGAGAUCAGAGACUCUGUGGUGUAAAAUACAGACAUUGCCAAUAAGUUUAUAUGAUGUAUGCAUAAACAAUCUUAAUGUUCACUUGGUACAGUCAAUGGGCAGCUUUCAUGAAGACUAAGCGUACUGAGCCUUGAGUACAAGAGAGUAGAUGAGACAUGCUCAGUGUGUGUAUUGCCAAAUUUGAGUUAUUCAAGACAAUGCCCUCAAAUCCACUCCCACGUCUCCUUCACUCUUUAAUGUUAAACAUUAUGUUAUUACACAGUUUAUUGUGUUAACAUGGGAAAGAGUGUUGAAAUAUUAGAGAUGUAGUCAGAGACAACUAUUGGAGAAAGAGGGACCAGAUGGAUGAACAGGAGAGAAAUGGGCAACAAGCCUUCUUGUACGACUGGUACUGGUGCUUUUAUCACUGCCAAGAAUUGAGUAUUGAUGCUUUACUCAAGGUGAAAAAAAGGUUUUGUAUGUCUUUUUGUAA